UUUUUCAUAAAUCGCAAUACGUUUACAAUGUUUAGAGCAGUUUUGCAGAAGACGCCUGCAGCACACAGCGCUGUGCGGCAACUGGGGAGACGGAUGUACACGGCAAAGGCCGAGUCGCAGGAGCUGUUUGAGCGAAUUAACAACUUUUGGUUUGGAGAGAAGGAAACACCCGGACUGAAACACUACCUACAGCUAGAGUCUGAUAAGCUGCAUGACGCGGGGCAGGUCAGCUUCCAGAAGUGGUGGUUCCAGCCGAACGCUAAAGUGGACGAGGAGAUCAAGAGCGACUUCGCACAAGCACACGCCAACGUCAUUGCGACGAAAGAGCACGUGGACGUGGCCAAGGAGUCGGCCGACGGCACGCUGUCGCUGAUCAUCCUGCUGGACCAGAUGGGCCGCAACAUGUACCGCGGGCAGGCAAAGGCCUUUGAGGGCGACGCGAUCGCGCGCUCGCUGGCCAUGUACAUGGUCAGGCGCAAAUUCCACGAGCAGCUGCGGCUGGUCAAGCGCUCGUUCGUGUAUAUGCCGCUGAUGCACGCCGAGGAUAUCGAGGCCCAGGACCUGAGCGUCCAGCUGUACUCGGAGCUGGCCGAGCAGCUGCAGGCGCCCGAUGAGGAUGCCAAGAACAAGGGCUUUGCCGAGUUCGCCGAGAUGCACCGCGACGUUAUUCGUGAGUUUGGCCGGUUCCCGAGCCGCAAUCUGGCGCUGGGACGCGAGUCGACACCCGAGGAGCUCAAGUGGUUGGAGAACGCUCCGUUCUGA